AUGGAGCAGUACCAGCGCUACCUCCAGAGCGCCCAGUACAACGAGGCCGCCAAGAUCGCUGCCAACUCGCCCCGUGGCAUUCUGCGCACUCCCCAGACCAUCGAGACGUUCAAGAGUCUGCCUAACGUCCCGGGCUCGCUUUCACCCAUCCUGCAGUACUUCGGCAUCCUCCUCGAGAAGGGAGAGCUCAACAAGUACGAGUCUCUCGAGCUCGCUCGUCCUGUCAUCCAGCAGGGCAAGAAGCAGCUCCUCGAGAAGUGGCUCAAGGAGAACAAGCUCGAGUGCAGCGAGGAGCUCGGUGACAUGGUUCGCACGGUCGACAUGAACCUCGCGCUCUCGGUCUACCUCCGCGCCAACGUCCCCAACAAGGUCGUCGCCUGCUUUGCCGAGCUCAACCAGUUCGACAAGAUCGUUCUUUAUUCUAAGAAGGUCGGCUACACCCCCGACUACGCGCAGCUUCUCCAGCACCUCGUCCGCAUCAACCCGGACAAGGGUGCCGAGUUUGCUACCCAGCUCGUCAACGACGAGAACGGACCUCUCGUUGACCUCGACCGUGUUGUUGACAUCUUCAUGGCCCAGAACAUGGUCCAGCAGGUCACCUCCUUCCUCCUUGACGCCCUCAAGGACAACAAGCCUGAGCAGGGUCACCUCCAGACUCGUCUGCUCGAGAUCAACCUGACCAACGCCCCUCAGGUUGCUGACGCUAUCCUUGGCAACGAGAUGUUCACCCACUACGACCGUCCUCGGAUCGCCAACCUCGCGGAGAAGGCUGGCCUCGCCCAGCGUGCCCUCGAGCACUACGACGACAUCAACGACAUCAAGCGCGUCGUCGUCCACACUCCCCUGUUCAACUCGGACUGGCUUAUCAACUACUUUGGCAAGCUCACUGUUGAGCAGUCUUUCGAGUGCAUGCGCGAGAUGCUCAAGUCGAACAUGCGCCAGAACAGCGCCAUCGUGGUCCAGAUCGCUACCAAGUACUCUGACCUCCUCGGCCCCGUCAAGCUCAUCGAGAUGUUCGAGCAGUUCAAGUCGGCCGAGUGCCUCUACUACUAUCUCGGAUCGAUCGUCAACCUCUCCGAGGAUCCCGAGGUCCACUUCAAGUACAUCCAGGCCGCUACCCGCACUGGUCAGAUCCGCGAGGUUGAGCGCAUCUGUCGCGAGUCGAACUACUACAACCCCGAGAAGGUCAAGAACUUCCUCAAGGAGGCCAAGCUCGAGGACCAGCUUCCGCUCAUCAUUGUGUGCGACCGCUUCGACUUCGUUCACGACCUCGUCCUUUACCUCUACCAGAACGGUCUCACCAACUUCAUCGAGAUCUACGUCCAGCGUGUCAACGCUGCUCGUACUCCUCAGGUCAUUGGCGGCCUCCUCGAUGUCGACUGCGACGAGAGCACCGUCAAGAACCUGCUCAUGUCUGUCACCGGCACCUUCCCCAUUGAGGAGCUUGUUGAGGAGGUUGAGAAGCGCAACCGCCUCAAGCUCAUCCUUCCCUGGCUCAACCAGAAGGUCGAGCAGGGUUCGACCGACAAGGAGGUCUACAACGCUGUUGCCAAGAUCUCGAUCGACUCGAACAACAACCCCGAGGCGUUCCUCAAGGACAACAACCUGUACGACCCUGCUGUCGUCGGAAAGUACUGCGAGAAGCGUGACCCGUACCUCGCCUACAUCGCGUACGCCAAGGGCUUCUGCGACGACGAGCUCAUCAACGUCACCAACGACAACCAGAUGUACAAGCACCAGGCUCGCUACCUCGUCAAGCGCCGUGAUGUCGACCUCUGGACUCAGGUUCUCAACCCUGAGAGCAUCCACCGUCGUGCUCUGAUCGACCAGGUCGUUUCCACUGCCAUUCCCGAGUGCACCGACCCCGACGAUGUCUCCGUCACCGUCAAGGCGUUCAUGCACAUGGAGCUCCACGGACCUCUCAUCGAGCUACUCGAGAAGAUCAUCCUCGAGCCCUCGCCCUUCAGCGACAACAAGUCGCUCCAGUCACUCAUGUUCCUUACCGCCAUCCGCAACGACAAGGGACGCGUCAUGGGUUACAUCAACAAGCUCGAGGGCUACGAUGUUGAGGCAAUCGCCAAGGUCGCUACCGAGUCCGAGCUCUACGAGGAGGCGUUCACGAUCUACCAGAAGCACAACAUGCACGCUGAGGCCAUGAACGUCCUCGUCGAGCACAUGGUCUCGAUCGACCGUGGUGUCGCCUACGCGAACAAGGUCAACGAGCCCGCCGUCUACAGCCGUCUCGCCAAGGCCCAGCUUGACGGUCUCCGUGUCAAGGACGCCAUCGACUCUUACAUCAAGGCGGACGACCCCUCCAACUUUGAGGAGGUCAUUGAGAUUGCCAACCGCGCUGGCAAGAACGACGACCUCGUGCGCUACCUGCAGAUGGCCCGCAAGACUGCCCGUGAGCCCAAGAUUGACACCGAGCUUGCCUACAACCUCGCGAAGACUAACCGUCUUCGUGACAUGGAGGAGUUCCUGUCGAUGACCAACGUCGCCGACAUCCUUGCCACUGGUGACAAAUGUUUCGAAGACGAGCUCUACGAGGCCGCCAAGAUCCUCUACACCUCGCAGUCUAACUACGCCCGUCUCGCGACCACCCUUAUCUACCUCGGCGAGAUGGCUGAGGCCGUCGAGGCUGCCCGCAAGGCUGGCAACACCCAGGUCUACAAGCAGGUCCACGCCGCUGCCCUCGACAAGAAGGAGUUCAAGCUUGCGCAGAUCGCUGGCCUCAACCUGAUUGUCCACGCCGAGAUGCUCAACGACGUCGUCAAGCUCUACGAGCGUCAGGGCUACUUCGAGCAGCUUAUCUCCCUCCUCGAGGCCGGUACUGUUCUUGAGCGUGUCCACAUGGGUCUGCUCACCGCUCUCGCCGACGCCUACUCGAAGUACGCCCCGGAGAAGCUCAUGGAGUACCUCAAGACGUACUGGCAGCGCAUCAACCUUGCCAAGGCUAUCCGCUCCGCUGAGGCUGCCGCGCUCUGGCCGGAGCUCGUCUUCACUUACAUCAAGUACGACGAGAUGGACAACGCCGCUCUCGCCAUGCUCGAGCGCUUUGGUGACUGGGACCACGAGCAGUUCAAGAAGGUUAUCGCCAAGGUUGCCAACACCGAGAUCAUCUACCGCUCCAUCUCGUUCUACAUCUCGAACCAGCCUCUUCUGCUCAACGACCUGCUCGCUACGGUUAGCACCCGUGUCGACCACGCUCGUGUCGUGAAGAUCCUCCAGGCGGCCGACAACGUUCCUCUCGCCAAGAAGUACCUGAUCGCUACCCAGAAGCUCAACCUCCGCGUCAUCAACGAGGCUUACAACGAUCUCCUCAUCGAGGAAGAGGACGCCCAGACCCUGCGCUCCAGCCUGGAGAGCUACGACCAGUACGACGCCAUUGCCCUCGCCAAGCAGCUGGAGAAGCACGAGCUCCUCGAGUUCAGGCGUAUCGCUGCUCUGCUCUACCGCCUGAACAGCAAGUGGGAGGAGUCUCUGUCGGUCUCGAAGGCCGACCGCCUGUGGGCCGAUGCCCUCGAGACUGCUGCCGCGUCGCAGUCGUUCGAGGUUGUUGAGGAGCUCGGAGAGUACUUUGUUUCCAUCGGAAACAAGGAUGCCUUCACUGCUCUCCUCUACGUCUGCUACGACUACGUCAGGCCAGACUGGGUCGAGUACCAGUCGUGGCGCUUCGGUCUCGGCGACUACAUCAUGCCGUACAAGCUGCAGAACGCCGCUCAGACGACACAGAAGAUUGCCGCGCUGGAGAAGGAGCUCGCCGAGCUCAAGACGAAGCAGAAGGCGGCCGAGCCCGAGGAGGAGCAGAGCACGGGCAUGCUUGGCGGCUUUGGUGGCCGUCUCAUGAUUGGCGGACCGGGCGGCAUGAACGGCGGGGGGAUGAUGGGCCAGCCGACGGGCGGUAUGAUGAUGGGCCAGCCGACCGGCAUGAUGCAGCAGCCGACUGGAUUCUAUUAA